CCUAGUAGUAUGUGCCAUUGGAUGCACCCAAGAUUCCAGUUCCCACAAUGCCUUUCAUGUUCAUAAUUCUGCACAGGAUUAAUGCACUGGAUCCUUUAAAAUGACUGAAGCAACAGUGCACAACUGGACCGAAAGUGCUGUUUUUAGUAUAAUGUACAACCUCCAGUAACACCGCUGAACGUUUUUGUUCAAUGUAUACUGAUAAGCUGCUUCCACUAGGCAACACUUCCUUUCUGUCGCUAGUUGGCUGAAGAUCUUUAAUUUCCCAGAAUCCCGCGCGGUUUCCCGCCUACUUCCCGCUCUCAGUUCUCCGUGACGCCAUCGCUACUCGAGCCACGCCCCUUGCUGUUACAAGCAUUCGGUUACAUCAUUGGGGACUAUUUGCCGGCGGAGGGAUAAAAACGAACUAGUUCUAUGCUCGGAGUGACUUCCAUGGAAACAGGCGUGCCGCAGCGGAUACUUCACUGCACGUUCCAAAAGUAAAAGUAGCGAUUCGAGCUGGUACAAGGGGGCCACAUAGACCGCUGCUCCUGGUGUAGUGGCUUGAAAUCAGAAACUGAAUAGAUGCUUUUUCUAGGGGUGGGAUCAAUGACGUCAGAUCCGGAAGCAACGGCCUAGGGAGUGCUGACCAAUCAAAUAGCUUUGGUGGUUUAAAUGCCUUACGCUUGGGGAACCCCGAAUGUUAAUGUUUGAUACCCUGGUUCGGAAGAAGUAUGGGGACACAGGAAUCAGAGUGGGUGGAUGUUGCCAACAGAUUGUUAACUAAAUGCCACAUUAACCUGCAAGUCCAAGAAGUGUCGGAAUGUGAUGCUCAUGUAUUUGUUGCUCUCUAUGAAGCUAUUUUAGGAGAGAAAGUGCCAGAUUUGAUUCCCGAACCACAGAAUCCAGAAACCAAUGCUCACAAUGUCCAGUCUGUUAUUGACUCGCUUGCUCUGGAUUACCUGCAAGUCAGCCUGUCCCAUAUAACAGGGGAAAACAUUGUGAAUGGGGAUACUGAAUCUGUCCAAAACCUUUUGGAAAUAUUUGACGGCUUGUUGGAGUAUCUUACGGAACAAAUCAGUGAAGCAUCUUCCCAAAAUGGGGAGGAUUCAGAUGGUCGUGACUUUAGUCAAAGGAGGCAAAAUGAUGAGGUGCCAAAGGGACAGGAAGAGUUGCUGCCCACUCUGAAACCACCCCCAUUGACAGGAUCUCCUGCACUGUCUUCGGAUAUAUUUGUUCCAUCCUGGGAAGUCGAUGGGUCUGAAUCAACCGCUGAGCUGAUUAGACUGGGAGACACCGCACAGACAUUUACCUGGAGAGGUUUGAGGGCAGCAUAUGUUCAGAGGGAGGAAGAGAAGCCAGUUCCAAAGCAGCAAAGUGGAGAAGAUGAUGAGAGGCUUCCACAUUCUUCUCCUUGUGUUUCCAGUCACAAAGUAGUGGAACGAUGUGAUGCCAUGAAUGGUUUCUCAGAAUUGAGACCUUGCAAUGAGGAUCUGCUGCCUGCCAUCCCGCUAAAUCACCCAUACCAACCCAUAGAGGGCAGGCCAUCCACUACUAGUAGAGAAGCUGUAGGCAGUAGAGGACCCUCUCUAAGGCCGGUAUCUGAGGAAAGUCUGCCUUCCACCCGUGGGCCUCAAGUUGCUGCUGUGGAUUCCAGGCCUGGCAAAUUACCAGAUGGAACAGAGACCCGGGAAGGACAAAAUGGGAAAUCAAUUUCUCCCUGCCAAAAGAAAGUUGCCUUCCGCACCCUCCCUGACAUCCGCCUCAUGACCCUGCGCAGCACCCUUUCAGACUGUGAGAAUGGGGUGUCUGACAAGGCAGAGGAGGAGGGAGAAGAGACAGAUUCCACCAUGCUACAGGAAAUUGGAGAAGAAUACACUGCCCCUGGUUCCCGGCACUCUUUCUUUCAUUCCCGGGCUUCAGACAGCAUGCUAUCAUCCAUCACAGAGGAGCCAUUUUCAGUGCAGAGAGCAAGAAACAGACUAUCGGAACAGGAACUGCAGGAAAUGUCUGAAAAAUUGUCUCACAAGCUGGAUGAACUGGACCUGAUGCUGAAGAAGGCGCUUGGGUCCCAGACCAGUGUGGGGGAGAUCAAAGAAGAGGACAAACUAUCUCAGCACAGCGACAGUAUCAUGGAGUUCCGCAGGAAGAAGCAGCUACAAGCAUUGCAGAGUUCAAGGAAACAUCAAAACAGACCUCGAUCUCUCUCAUCCUCCCCCACGCCCCUGUCUCCUCCCCACCACAACCUCUGUGCACAGUUUGAGGAUGCCUUACACAGAGAAGCCAAGGGGGAGACUGGCAAGAUCAGGAGAGGGGUUCAGAAGGAGAUGGACCUGCAGAGGAUGAAGUCUCGGCUAUUGACUAAUGCGUACGAGGAGCACCUAAAGGAUUUGGCGGAAAGAGAGCAGGUUCAGCUUUCUAAACUAAAAGCAAAAUUAAAGAAGACUGAAGAAGACUGUGAGGAGAAUAUGUUUAAGGAGCCAAUGAAAAAGUCUCAGCCAGAGAAGGUUUAUUCUGUAAAUCAAAUUGUUUGCACCCCAAAGGGUAGCAAGAUCACAGCUGUCCGCACCCAGCCCAGGAAAGCAGCACGGAUGAAGAUAAAGGAAAAUGAUCUGCUCCCGCAGCUGCUGGAUGAAUUUCCAUUUCUUCAGAUUUCCCCACACACACUGAGGCGAAUGUGGAAUGGUCAGAUGUCGCAAGUGGAACGCCUCACUAGGGCCUCACAAGAGGACGACCGCAGUGAACGCAGGCUGCAGACCGAGGUCGAAGAGGCACAGAAGAAACACGAUCUUCUUGUUGAUAUUAUCCGCAAAGAGCAGGGCCAGAACCAGCGCCUGAAGGAUUUCAGGGAGCGCAUUCGGCUGCAGAAAUCUGCGCAGAAUAAAAUGAAGGAGAAUCGACAGCAGGCAGCUAGGGCCAAGAGGUAUUAUGAGGAUUACCACGUGCAGCUGCGGGCCAAGCUGAUGCGGGCCCGAACAAGGGAAGAGCGGCUUUUUAAGAAGCUAUUUGAGGAGGGAUUGGAGCUGCAGAAGGAGAGGUUGCAAGAGAUUCGCACAUACACCCGGGAGCAACGGGAAGAGCAGAGAAAGAGACACAAAGAUGAGUUGGACUCCAUGGAAAACUACUAUAAAGACCAGUUCUCCAUGCUGGCAGAGGCUGUCACUCAUGAACGCCAGGAGAUCCAGGCUCAGGAGAAGGCUCAGGCUAAAACGCUGCAUAAGAUAAAGAGAGAGCUCAGAGGCAAGAUGGAAAAGGAGAUCCAGGACCUCCAAGAGAUGAUCGUCAGAACAGACGAGGACGCUUUCUUCCGUGAGCUGGAGGCCGAGAGACUGAAGAGAAGGCUGCAGAUGGCUUCCUUUCACUAUAGCAAAAGCCAAUGCAUGCAAUAACUGCAAGCAGCCGCUGAAGGGCAAUGAACAGAAGAGAAAAUAUUUGUAUGGCCCAAAAUGUAAUUAUGGACACUAAUAGCGCAGUUUAAAGUUGGGAGAACACAAAUAUACACUAUUACCCCCACAGGUAAGACACCUGUGCCCACACCUCCGCUGCUGAUGAACUACAGUUUAAGCCAGUGAAAUGGCUGCAGGGUGGGUAGGCUGGACAUCUAUGCACUGUAAUCACUGUGAUCCUUGGGGUGCCUCAAGCUUACACCCUACCCACAUGCCAUGUUAUAAUCCAUGCGUAUGUACAGUGAAGUUGCGGGACGAUGACAUUUGUGAUUCUAUGUUCUCCCCCAGAGACCUCUUCGCCAAAUCAGAAGUGCCUUAGCCAGACGCGGCAUGGAGUCUCUGCCCUCCAUCAGAUGCAGAUAUUUGUACGGAAAAUCAGUUGCUUCAUUUGCACUAUUUAUUUCUGAGAUUUUUAACUUAUUUGUGUGAAUCUGUCUUUCAUUUUUACCUGAAAGUAAAAACAGGAUUUUCUGUUCA